GAAAUCUCCUGUGAAUUCGUCGUCUCUCAAUUCGUGCGAUUCGGAUUCUAAUGCAGAAGGGGACGAUAAUGUUGCGUCCAUUAAUAAGAAGCGGAAGAUCGAUUCUAUUGCGGAGGGAUCUAGGAUCCACGACUCCGAGAAGGAUGAAAAGUUCAUUUCUGCUACAAACCCCACGGAAACCCUUCAAGGAGCGCAUAUGGAUCCGGGACCCUCGACGCCUUUACCAGAUAAGAAGCUUUUAGUCUUCAUCCUCGACAGGCUUCAAAAGAAGGAUAUCUAUGGUGUGUUUUCCGAACCAGUGGACCCCAACGAGCUUCCGGACUAUCAUGAAAUUAUAGAGCAUCCGAUGGAUUUUGGGACUGUACGGGAGAAGCUUGCUUCUGGAGCUUAUGCCAACUUGGAACAGUUUGAAAAAGACGUUUUAUUAAUCAGUUCAAAUGCAAUGCAAUAUAAUGCCCCAGAUACUAUAUAUUUUCGGCAGGCACGUACCAUACAGGAGUUGGCAAAAAGGAAUUUUAAGAACUUGAGGCAAGAUAGUGAUGAUAAUGAACCAGAACCUAAAGUAGUAAGAAGAGGCAGACCACCAACCAAGAAUAUGAAAAAACCAUUGGGUAGACCUUCCUUGGAGCGUGCUGGUUCAGAGUUUUCCCCAGAUGCUACUCUUGCUACUGGUGGUGAAAACACAAAUCGGUCCAACGAUUUGAGGAAAGGACUUUAUCAUUUGGAAAAGUCUAGUUUAGCUGAUUUUUCUGGCAGAUUCCCCAUUUCUAGCAAUAAUGAUGCGACAUUUAAUUUGUUUAACCAAAGCAGAUUCGAUAGAAACGAUGAUAUUACAGAUCAUUCUUUCGUUGCAGGUUCUUCCCUAAGAUUUAAUUCAGUGAGACAGGGGAAAAAACAGAUUGUCACCGAUGAGAAUAGGCGUAACACCUAUAAACAAUUUCAAGCUGAAACUGCUUUGCUAGAGCCCUCUGUGUUGAAUACAUUUGAUAGAGAGAGGAAGGCUUUAAUGCCGGUUGGACUUUUCUUGGAGCAUGCUUAUGCACGAAGCCUCGCUCGAUUCGGUGCAGAUCUUGGGUCUGUAGCUUGGAGAGUUGCUUCUAAGAAGAUAGAAAGAUCUUUGCCAGCAGGUUCAAGUUUUGGUCCUGGAUGGGUUGUGGAGAAUGAUACCACACCAAAGAGAGUGUUUCUACCUCAAGUGGAACUCGGUCAGAUGUCGAUAUCGCAGCCCUUUCUUGGGCAUGAAAGUUCUGCUCUAGAUGCAAAGCCUCUAGCUCCUGAACAAAUGGGGGUUCGACUGUCCAACAACUCUGAAGCAGAUACUUCAUCGGAGAAGCAUGAGGAUCCCUCUCAUGCCCCCGGUUUAGAUGGCCAUCUAACCAGGCCUCUGAGCGAGUCUGCUGCAGCUUUGUCAUCACCUUCGAGUACUCGUCAAUCUUCUGAACCCUGCAGGGGAAAGGCAGAAGCGUUUGAAGGAUUGAAUCCUAGUAGCAAUUAUAAUGUAUUGGAAAGUAGUUCUCCAAUCUCUCCAAGACCUUCAUUUCAGAAACACCAGAGUCCAACAAUCCGCCCUGGUAUGAAUGGAUUCAAUGGUGCUUAUGGCUUUGAUCUCUCUGCUCACAGGGGGAAACCAACAGGAGUGUCCGAGCCCAUCGGUGUAAAGCUUCAGUCCUCUCAAAUGCUUGACACGAUCGCAAGGGCUAAUGCUAACUUCAUCCUCCCAGCAACAGCAACCAGCCUAAAUCCAAAAGAACCCAAAUACCCAGAAAGCAAUCCCAUUACAACAAACUCUUCCAGUUCAUUGCUCGGGUCGGGGAAUGAGGCUGCAAUCGGUCCCAGUUCACGAACGGCUUGGCAGCAGGGGCCAUCACCAGAGGAAAAGUCAGAUGCAGUUGUAACAACACUAUAUAAACCCGAAUUGAUUCCCCCGGACCUGAAUGUGAGAUUCAAAUCACCAGGAUCUCCUCCUAGCUCUAGUAAGGUAGACUCUGCUCAUCCUGAUUUAGUAUUACAGCUCUGAGGAUUACUAAUUGUUAAUUUAAUUUUCAACUUGUUGAUUAACCAUAGAAAUGGUGGGGUUUGAGAUCUGUUGCUCCUGAAGUAGAGAGGCAAAAAUUGGAGCCUUACCAAACCCUAACCAAAAUUGUGUUGUAAAAGCAUUAGAGAGGGUUCAUGUACAGAUUUAUGUAUUAUCCUAAUUUUUUAGGUUCAGGGGGAUAAAUAAUAGGUGCCAUUUCUGUCCUUGGAAAAGUGUAGGAAGAUUUGCUUU